AACCAAGAGGCGUAAAAUUUGUUGUAUGCUGGAUCCAUAAUGUGGAUGAAGUACGAGUAGUCUCAUCUUUUACGCAUUUGAAACAACCGACUUUGAUCACAGAGAGAGAUAUGGCCUCUCUGACUGUUCCUCCUGUUCUUACAUCCCCACGGGACGAUGCUACCCAACUUCACCAUGCUUUCAAGGGAUUUGGCUGUGAUGCUGAAGCAGUGAUCAAUAUUGUUGCCUACCGUGAUGCAACACAGCGCGCUCUUAUCCAACAAGAAUACAGAGCAAUGUUUUCUGCUGACCUGCGCAAAAAAUUGGCUUCUGAGCUUAGCGGCGAUUUAGAGGCGGCAGUUCUUCUGUGGAUGCAUGAUCCAGCAGUACGUGAUGCUGUUAUAUUGACGGAGGCACUAAAAGGGAACUGCCUUGAAGUUGCCACUGAAGUGAUAUGCUCUCGUACUCCAUCCCAGAUACACUUGUUCAAGCAAGCCUACUAUUCAAUGAAUAAGGUCGACCUUAAACAUGAUAUUGAAAAACAUGCCUCUGGAGAUCAUGAAAAGCUUUUGGUUGCAUAUAUAAGCACAUCUCGACAUGAAGGCUUUGAGGUUGAUAUGCAUAUGGUUGAAGCGGAUGAAAUGGCUCUCUAUAAAGCAGGGGAGAAAAAAAUGGGAACGGAUGAGAAAACUUUUAUCCGCAUUUUCAGUGAACGAAGCAGUGCACAUUUAGCUGCUAUCAACUCUGCUUACCGAAAGAAGCAUAAGAAGUCACUGAAAAAGGCUGUGAAGAGCGAAACUUCCGGAAAAUUUGAGCUUGCACUUUUGACAAUCCUACGCGUUGCAGAAAAUCCCGCCAAGUAUUUUGCAAAGGAACUACAGAAGGCAAUGAAAGGGUUUGGAACUGAUGAAAAGAAACUUACAAGGUUAAUUGUGACGAGGUCUGAGAUUGAUAUGCAGUACAUAAAAGCUGAGUACCACAAGAUUUACAAGAAGUCAUUGAAUGAUGUAGUUCGCUCGGAAAUAUCAGGGAAUUACAGGACCUUCCUUCUCUCCCUCCUCGGUCCCAUCCAUUAAACCUGAUGAUCAAUGUUAGGUGCUCACAAGCACAGUAAUUUGCUACACUUUUUAGGUGGCCACUUGCUUGGGUCAAGACCUUUCUGUGUUUUUGGUGAAUAAAGCAUAUCAUUAAAGGGGAAAGAAAGAAGAACUGCUCACUAGAUCUCCUACACAUAGCUAUCAGAAGCAAUAAUUUUCUUUGAAUCAAUUUAGACAGGUAUAGAUUUAAGUCGCGGACUUGUGCAUCGGAGGGAUUCGAACGCACACGCGUAUACUGAAUACGAUUCGUCCAAACA